GGAUGAUCUGCUCUGCAGUGAAGAUCCACUGAAGUGGAUCUUCAAUCCACGGAAGUGGAGUGUCCGUCAGAGAAUCAACAGCUCUCUCUUAACCCGAAAGACGACAGGAACACAGUUUGCAAACAUGAGACAUAUGAGCAGGAAAGCACACAUCGAAUUGAUGAGAAAGAGCAUCCUAUAAGGGAGAAGAAAGUAUUGCCUCGGGUCCUCCCGCAUCAGCUGACUCCCCCUUCUCCCAAUUCAAUGGUACCUGCUCACUCCAGCUAUUGGCUGAUAAUGACCUUGGUACAUCCAGUUCUGAAAAUCCCUUGGAUGUUAAAGACAUGAGGCAAACUGAAGAGGCUUGUGAUCCCGAUAACACAGAGGACAUUGCAGAGGGGUUGCUUUGUUCUAAUUCAAGUAAUAUUCCCGAUAAACAAGAUGUCUGUGGCCACAGGACAGUGCAUUCCAAACUAUCGAGGUUAAUGGAUGGUGCCUUAGACACUAAUGGCCCUAAUGAAGAAGUCUUAAACUCUAGUCAUCAAAAUCCCAAAGUACAGAAAUACAUCAGCUUUAGCCUACCUCUGAUGGAGGCAGCCUCUUCCCCAGGUGACAGGGCCACGAGCAACAAGCCAGUCAGCCGCCCGGCUUCCAGCAUAGACUUUGACAGCGAUUAUGAACUUUGCUCAGAGAUAACCCUAACCUACACCGAGGAGUUUUCAGACGAUGACCUGGAGUAUCCGGAAUGUUCCGACGUUAUGACAGAUCACUCUAAUGCAAUUUGGCAAAGGGACCUGCAGGGGACUGAGCGUGUUUUUUUAUUAGAAAGCGAUGACGAAGAGAUGGAAUUCAGUGAGUGUUGCCUGGGUGGGUGUGAGCAUUUCCUCAGUGAAAUGGGUUGUGAGCCUCUGGUGUCGGAUGACACCGGGCCUAUGGAUGCCACCGCUGGCCUCUGUGGUUAUCACUCAGCAUCCCAGGAAGUGGAGGUAAGGGGCAGCCUAACCUCCAUGCACAGUGCCGCAUCCCCGCAAACAGGGAUAACCCUGCCUGUGGGACCUCACCAGGAUGGAACGUCUGUGGUGACAGACCCGGGGAGACAUAAGCCACCCACUGCUCCUGGGGCUGCUGAAGUUGGUUAUCCAGGAAUUCAAGGGGAAACCAGAGACGGCCACCAGGCAGCAAAGGAAUUUGCCAGUGACAAUCUGCUAAACAUGGAUAAAGCAGUAACAGAGAGAGAGGGGAAGCACUUACCUGGUGAGUUAGGAAAAUCAGGGAUGAGCCAGUGUUUGGAGACUGUGGCUGAGAGAAGAGUAGGGGGGAAAGACUUAUUGAGCCGGAGGGGCUCUGAGAAACCUGCCAGGGUGAGGCGACCAGGGAUUAAGGGAAAAGCCAAGACGCUGAACCCCAACCUGGAAGAAAGGGCAACAGAAGCCUCCCUGAAUCGCCUGUAUCCCAGAGGACCUGUUAAGCACCCACUAACCCCAAGUGACAAAAGAGAGAGUUCCCAUGCCAAAGCAGAAGCGACUGAUUUGAAUUCCCAGUUCCGUGCAGGAGGCUGUGCUAUUCCAACCCAAGCAGAGCAAGGAGCAAAAAUCCUGCAGACUCCACCAGGCUCACUCUCCAAAGAAGGGAACUUGGACUUGCAGGGAGAAGGGGUGUGGGUUAAAAACGUACUUGAAACAAGCAGUGUUCCAGACUGGGGUGAUCAUCCUCAGGUGCAAAUUCAGGAAACAGUCAGGGAGCAAAUCUCUCUCAGCCGAAUGCCAGCUUUCUCAGAGCCUACUGGGGAGGAGUCCGCACUUACUAUGACCACAUUAGAUUCCUUCUCCAAUUUAGGAGGGAUCGACACGAAAAAUGCAUCAUUGGCCCAACACCUGGAGGUAGAAAGGUGUACCCAAGGCCCACGGCACGAAGAAAACCAAGAUGGAGAAGACAGCACACCUGGAUGUCCCUGGGGAGACCUAGGGUGUGAGCUGAGCAUCCCAGAAGCCAAUAGUGAAAAUAUGCCCCCCUGUGAGCUGUCGGCGCGUCUCCCCCAGGAGAACAGCGCUGACCCCGGGGAGCCCCGGGCUCUCUCUCUUGCUUCCCCUGAACUUGUACAUACCGUCCCCACCUUGGAAACUGCGUGUGCUGGGCCAAGAGACAGAGUAACAGCGUGUGUGCUAGGCCGUCCUGAAGCAGGUGACCGAGAAGCAUGUGAUAUUGUGAGCUCUCCUGCUGGAGCCCCAGCUGGUAAAUAUUUGCCGCAAGAAAUUUGCUCCGUGGACUUCGAGCUGGCAGGUCAAAGCAAAGUAUCUGAUUUGUGUUCUUCUGAUGACAAGGCACUGGCUGUUCUUUCUCAAACACAAGGUUCUGAGCCUCCACAGUCUACACACGGAAGCAGCAAUGAGAGAACCUCUGCCGUGUUCCCUCUUUUUAUCAAUACUCUCACCUGGAGCAUUUCACAGAAAGCCAGUAAAGGCGCCGCUGGGGAAAAUCUCUCCAAGGUGGAGGGUUCCACCUCCACGUUGGCCUCCAUGGUAAAGGCUAGUCAGGAGAGGCUGAGCCCCAGUCACUCAGGUGGGCUCGAGGAAAGACAGCUUCUGUCUUCUGAGAAUGACUCUUUGGAAUGGUCUAAAGAAGGUGGUGACGAGAGCUCUAGCUCCAGUGCCCCGGUCACUGCAGACACACCAGCCAGUCAUAGUUCAACAGCGAGGUUUCCUCAGGAGAAGCCAACAACAUUAAUUGCUAAUCUUGAGUGUUUUGAGGUGACUGGGGAGAGUGGGCACACAUCCACUGUUACCAUUGCCACCAAAGGCCACCUACCCAACUACCCACCUGUUUCAGUUGCUGGGAACAGCCGUGUAGGUGGCCCUGACGAGAGCUCACCUCAGGCACCAGAUGACAGUAUUUCUCAACUUCCUUCCAAUGCACAGUCGGGUCAUAUUUUAAAUGGUUCUACAACUGAAUCUUCAAAAGAGCUGGCGUGCGUGGCUCCCAGUGGACCAGGAAUCCACGUCCACGUUCCUCAGCUUCCAGAGGGAGAGGAUUUCUGUAGCAAUUCCCCUCUUCAGAUUGAUAACCAGUCUGGAAAGAAGAGCCAGACCGUGGACAGAGCAGACACUAGGAGCCUUGGAGAGAAUUUCCAAGAAAAAGGAAGUGAAGCAACACAGAGGGUCCAGCAGGGUUCUCUUGAUGAAAAUUUCCAAGAAACCUUGCCCACGACGUCUGCUGUACAAGGGGAAAUAAACUUGGGACUCUUGGACCACUCAUCGGCCAACUCCAGGGAGGGAAGAGAACAGAGCUCGGGCUUGGGGACUCAUGUGCCCAUGGUGGCUGAAUCUAUAAUGGAAGAUGAUAGUCAGGCUCUGAGUAAUGUUCCCUCUCUCUCUAAUACCCUUCUGGGGGAGUCUAAAGAGAGUGGUCCAGGAUAUUGGGAAGCAGGUAAAGAGCUGAAGAUUAUAACUCUAGAGGCGUCCAUUUCAGAAACCGGGCCACCAAGACAACUGACAGAUUCUAAGUGCAGGGAGUCAGAACCUAGUCUCAUCCCUGGUAGGGUCUGGGCUGUAUCUGACGUUCUAAAGGCUGAUGUUGCCGUGCCUGAAAUGGACCCCUCUGAGAGACCAUCAGCCUGUAGUCCUCAGGCUGAGUCUGGCGGCUCAGCAAUUGCUAAUAACAGAGAAAUCCAUAAAGGUGAAGACCUAGCCGGCCAUGCAAAUUGGAGUUGUCUUUCCUCCCAGUGUUUGAGCCAACCCAGACUCCUGGAGUCCUCUGUGGACCCUGUAGAUGAAAAAGAAUUAUGUGUCACAGACUUGCUAUCAGAGGCUUCCAGAACUGGAAGGAAGGAAAAUGUUAACAGUGUAAGUCAAAACCAAGAGGAAAGCCAACUCAGGAUGGAUCGCCCUGCCUUCUUCAAACAGUUCCUGACGUGCCCUAAAAUCUUAGAGUCCUCUGUAGAUCCCACUGAUGAAACAAGUGUGGAGUGGGCCAGGGUGGAAACACCAGAGCCUUCUGAAUCUACACUGGGGGCCAUCAGAGUGGAGAGUAAAUUGAAUGAUGGAAACUUGGGCCAGAGAGUAGAAGUCCAACCAUCCACCCUGCAAGUUCCGUGCCCCCAGCAAAGUGGGGAAGCCAUUCCAAGUGAAAACAGCAUCAGCCGAGACCAAGGGCACAGUGGGAGAGAGGAGGCAAGACAAAGUCAACACGACGAAGCAAAGGAGGACGUACAGUCUGCCAUUUUGCCUGUCCCGGGUCCUGUCAAAGGUGGGGAAACGAUUCCAAGGGGACGCGGCAGAGGCCAAAUGCAAGAAGGCAGUGAGAGGGGCUUAGCGGAGUCUGAACAAAGUAAAAAUAACAAAGCAGAAUUAGUUUCCCCCACUUUACCUCUUUCUAGCGGUCUUGCGAGAAUGACUCCCGCCUCUGGAGUUGAUACUCACAGCUCCACAAGUCAAAGUCAUGACCUCCCUGAGAAUGAUUUAGUGGAGCCCAGAAACCAUCAAUGUGCGUUUUCUGACUCAAAGAAAAGGGGAGCUAUUGAGAGUGAGUGUGGGAAACAUGUGCCCACUUCUAGUGGUCUCACUUGGGGGCCAUUUACUUCACCUCUUGAAGGAAGCAUCACAGGCUUUUCAAGAAGCCACAAAAUUGAACAUAAAAUAGAGGAGCCCCCAGUUGGGGAAACCAAACCCAUGAGCACACCUGGCCCCCCGGCAGCAACCCUCAUGUCCAGAGAAUGUGCAUCAGAGAAAGUUCCUAAGAUGCUGCAGGACCCCUGCCAGCAGGGCUCCACCCUUGGCCAUGGGAAAAUGUCCAGGCAGGAGAAGGUCGGCCCUGCGGUGGCCCAAGCUGGCUGCCUCCCCAGGGCCCCUCCAGCAGUGACUGGAUCAGAGGAGGUCAAGCGGAAGCAAGAAACCCCAGGGAGUGGACACUUAGCUGAGGGAGUAAAGAAGAAAAUUCUGUCCAGGGUGGCCACCCUGAGGCUGAGAUUGGAAGAGAAAGAAAACGCCAGAAAGAACUCAAUCUUUCUUAAAAAGAGUCCUAAACUCGAAACAUCGGUAUCACGCACAGAUGAGAAAAAAGACUCCAAAAGGCCACCUUGCAAAAGCGAAGGGAGAGCUCCAGUAUUACUGAAAAAGAUCCAGGCUGAGAUGUUCCCUGAACACUCUGGAAAUGUAAAAUUAAGCUGCCAGUUUGCAGAGAUUCAUGAAGAUUCUACUAUCUGGUGGAUGAAAGAUUCAAAGUCGAUAGCCCAAGUGCAGAGAAGAGCAGGAGACAGCUCCACUGUGUCCUUGGCCAUCCUUCAAGCCAGUCAGAAGGACCAGGGCCUCUAUUCUUGCUGCAUCAAGAACAGUUACGGGAAAGUGACUACGGAAUUUAACCUCACCACAGAAGUUCUCAAACAACUUUCAAGUCACCCAGAUGUUAAAGUAUAUGAAGAGAUUGAAUUCAGCCAACUCAUCUUCAGAGGAGACUUCCUCAGUGACAGCUACUUCGGGGGCCGUCUGCGCGGUCAGAUUGCCACGGAGGAGUUGCACUUUGGGGAAGGGGUCCACCGGAAAGCCUUCCGCAGCAAAGUGAUGCAGGGCCUCACACCAGUCUUCAAGCCCGGCCAUGCCUGUGUGCUCAAGGUGCACAAUGCCGUUGCCUACGGGACCAGAAACAAUGAUGAGCUCAUCCAGAGGAACUACAAGCUCGCCGCCCAGGAAUGCUACGUUCAAAAUACCGCCAGAUACUAUGCCAAGAUCUAUGCCGCUGAAGCACAGCCUCUGGAAGGCUUUGGAGAAGUGCCAGAGAUCAUUCCUAUUUUUCUUAUCCAUCGACCUGAGAACAAUAUCCCAUACGCCACAGUGGAGGAAGAGCUGAUUGGAGAAUUUGUGAAGUAUUCCAUCAGGGAUGGGAAGGAGAUAAACUUCUUGAGAAGAGAAUCGGAGGCUGGUCAGAAAUGUUGCACCUUCCAGCACUGGGUCUACCAGAAAACAAGUGGCUGCCUCCUGGUCACGGACAUGCAGGGUGUAGGAAUGAAGCUGACUGACGUUGGCAUAGCAACAUUGGCUAAAGGCUGGUGCCCAGUGAAUGAAGAAAUGAAUGAACAAACAUGAAGAAAUGGAGAUAUUGAUGGAAUGGCAGGAAUUACUAGAUGGUUCCAGAGCGGGCAGCUCCCUUAGUGCCCUUUCUUUUCCACAUAGGUGACAAUCGAUUCUACCUGUUCAUAAAUUCAGCCCUGGCUUUAUUUUGCACACAGACACGGCACAUGCCGCCCACCCCACCCAAACUAGGGGGUUUAUUUCAAUUCCUCCCCUCCAUCCUCAACCUGAAUUCCAAGUCCUUCUAGCCGUUCCUCAUAAAUUAAAAUUUUCUUUAGAAAGCAUCUCAGACUAAAACAUCUGUUAUAAAUAGUUUCUGGCUUGCUUCUAAAAGGGUUACCAAUGUGGGGAUUCUCUAUAGGUUUUUCUUGUCUCACUGAGUUUUCUUUAAACGAGUCCUUUAUUAAGCGAGACAAGAACCUUGAUUUCUUCCAUGCAGCCAGAGGUGGGAGUUCCUGCAGCUUUGCUCCACCCCCUCCCUUCUCAGGGCGUGUUUGGAGGCAGUAAAUUGCACAGGGAAGCCGUGCUAAGCUGAGGGAGAAGCCGACCAUUGCUGUCAAGUGGUGGUUUUCCUAUGAGUCCAAAAGGCUGUGCCAUCCAUUAUCAGCAAGAGAGGAAAGAGGACUCGCUUUUAAGGAAGAAGUCAGCCUUGCAUGGUUUCCAACACAUAUUGAAUAAAUCUGUGUAAUCCUCAACAAAAUAUUAGCCAACAGAAUCCAACAACACAUAAAAAGGACCAUAUACCGUGAUCAAGUUGGAUUCAUUCCAGGGUCACAAGGAUGGUUCAACAUACGCAAAUCAAUCAGUGUGAUACACUCCAUCAACAAAAGAAAAGACAAAACCCACAUGAGCGUCUCCAUAGAUGCAGAAAAAAGUGGGUAUAGAGGGAACAUAUCUCACCAUUAUAAAAGCCAUUUAUGACAAACCCGCAGCCAACAUAAUACUAAAUGGUGAAAAGCUGAAUAAAUCUGUGUGGAGCGAAAGCAGGAUGUAAAAAUAGCCUCCGAGCUCCUCCUGAAGUGGAUUGCGACAGUGUGAUUUUACAAAGUUGUAUGACACAAAUGUCAAGAAGGAAAGAGAGCCGUUUUCCGAUUUAAAGAGGUUUCUGAAGUCAAAGAAGGAUGAUGUGAGAUCAUUCACACUUUAGUCUAUCUCCUUGCUACUCCAAGGGGGGGGGGGUCCCUGGACCAAUGGCAUCAGCAUGGGUUCAGAGCUUGUUAGAAAUGCAGCAUCUCACACCCCACCCCAGACCUACUCAAUCCAAGCCAGCACUUUAGCAAGGCCCCUGCAUGAUGUGUAUGCCCCACUCCCAUCCAAGGGGCAAGAUAUUUAUGAAAAUACUCUGCUGGAUGAUGUUUAGUAGAAUAAAUUUAUUGUUCCAUGCUUGGAGAUCGUGAGAGAAGAUGGAUAAUUUAAAGCGAUGGGCUAGAAAAUUAUACUAAUUUGAGGAUAAGGAUACAAAGACUCAGUUAAUAAAAUUCAAUAGAACUAAGGUUUCUAAAAAUGGAAAUGUGUGAGAAAGUUCUCAAAUACAGGUUAUUUUUUCCCAUUGUAUUAGAGUCCUCAGGCUUCCAAAAUGAAUCAUCACAAAACCGGGUAGCUUAAAACAAUAGAAAUGUGUCCUUUCCCAGUUCUGGAGGCUGAAAGUCUAGAGUCAGGCAGCAGGGUUGGUUUCUCCUGGAGGCUCUGAGGGAGAAUUUGUCCCCUCCUCUCUCCUACGUUCCAGAGGUCGUUGCCAUCCUCAGCGUUCCUUGACUUGUAGAUUACGACUCCCAUCUCUGCCUCUGUUGUCACGUGCUAUUCUCCCUGUGUGUCUAUAUACUCUCCUCUUCUUACACAGACGCCAGUAAGAUGUCCUUAUUGGAUUAAGGGCCCGCUCUACUCCAGUAUGACCUCACCUUAAUGACAUCUGCAAUGACACUGUUUCCAAAUAAGGCCACAUUCUGAGGUUCUGGGAAGGACAUGACUUUUGGGGGAGACACUAUUCGACCCAAUACAUUCAUCCAACAAGAACAACAAUGGCGAGUGUCUGCAAUGGGGGCCUUGCUGGAGAGAUGUCAUGAUGCUUCAAAUUUGUGGUCCCCUCCAAUCCUGAGGGUGGCGGAUGGCACACGUGGCAUGCAAGGUGGACCACAAGCAGGAGAGCCUGGAUUUUUCAUUUCUUGGGUGUAUGAGCACUUGGUGUAAUUGAACUUGUGUCCUUUGGAAAAACUCCGGGUUAACUGAUCUAGGAACACAAACGAUGUUGCCCUGUUUUCUUCCCAGGCAGCAGUAAUGGCUGUGAGUUUGAGAGAAUAAGAGGUCAAAUAGAAGCCCAGCAGCCCUGGCUGAGACAGAGACCAAAUUGAGAAAGGAGAAAGAUUUUUAAUUCUGCAGAUGCUAGGUAGCAAAAAUAGUCUACACCUGAGAUAGCUGGGGAGGGACGUUCCAUAUUGCCUGGGAGGCCCAUUUGAGAGUCCAGCAUUGGAUGGAGAGAGAAAAGGAAGUUUAGCAGUGUGAUCUGGAGAUGCCCUGGGCCGAGAUGAGGCGGCUCUGAGGAUGGGGCCGGCAUACAUUCAUUUCUUCCCUUGACCUUUAUUGAAAAGCCUCCCUAGACAGGUAUUCUGGACAUAAAGUAGUGUCCUGGGGGAGAUCAGUCUGUGCACGGGAAGGCAUACCCUGAAUUCUGAGAAGUGGAUGUAGUUCUCACAAGGAUACAGGGAAGAUGCAGGAGAGAUUUCUUCUCAUGGUGUGAGAGAGGGGAGGCGCCACAGAAAUGCACUCGAGCUGGGGCUUGAAGGAAGCCAGGGGCUGAGUCAGGGGCUCCUUGACUGAGCAAACCUGCCUUCAUUCUAGGGCCUUGCCCCGUCUGCGUGCGGCCUUCUGUAGUAAAAUCGGCCCCGGUCUCUGCUGCCUACUCUGGCUUUCCCGGAGGAGUCUAAAGAAGGUGCUAGGUUCCUAGGAAGAGAUCUGGGCUCCACCCAGCUGGGCUGCCCAGAAGUCCUGCUCCUUUGUCCCAAACUCAGCCAUUCCCAUUUCAGAAGGUGGGAACCAUUAUGUAAGGGCUCAUUUGUUACGCAGCAUUACACACUUGGCCGCCAGGCUGGGCUUAAGAAGCAACUAGCAAAUUUUCUGGGAGGUUGCAGUGUGAAUUAGUGAUUCUUCUCUGCUGAGACUAGGUGUUGUCUGAAUGUUUACAAGCCUCAAGGCAGCUUUAGACAGAUGACCGUGACUUGUUUCCAAUGUGCUUCCAUAGGGAGGCUGCCUUUGAUCAUCCUAGUUUGAGAAGCUCAGGAGUCGGUGUGAGACAAGUGGGGCCUCCCUGGCAGGAGGAUGGGAUUAGGCUUUCCAUUCCAUCUGACAAUCACAGGUCCAGGUGGCUUCGCAUCCCUCCGGGGCGUGCUCAGGCACCAAGGAAAUGCAGGCAGGCUCUUUCAGCUAUUCUCAGGACCUCCUACAGGAGAAGACAGAAAUGUAAAGAUGACAUGGUUGGCAGUGGCAUUUCUUUCUACCCUGCUAGAGUCAACACCUGUCUUGGGCUGACUUUUUCUUCAACGAGGGAGUUUGGCUUUUAAAAAUGGAGUCAUUUUUCACAAGAAAAUGUACUGUGGGCUCCCAGGGAGAGGGGGAAGAGCCGUUUCCCUUCAAGGAGGAGGAAGGGCAGGCUGGAUUUGUAACAAACACGUCAGGAUGGAGCUGCUCACUGAUGCUUUGGCUUCAGAGAUGAAAGAAAUCUUGCAGGCCCUUAACAGCCUAAAACCCAGCUUGGGUUUCCUAGGGAAAAGCGCACAAGUCCCAGUCCAUUCAAUUCAGGUCUGUUGGCCUUUAUGGUUUCUACCAGCAAAUGAAGGAGACCCAAUUUCUUGAUUCAUAUUAGCUACAGAUUCAGCGCAAUGCCAGCAUUGCAGACUUCCUUUUGCCAAUUAGCGUUUGGCCCUACUAAUCAAAUGCAGCAGAACUCGCUCACACCCAGCAGGACCAGUUUCCUAGGCAGGCAGCCUGUGUGGUCACAUAAGGCCCCACACUCAGAUGGGCCUGGGCUUCGUUUAAUGCAUGUUCUGCUGUUGUCAUCUUGAAAGUCUUAAUAAUUAUUGCCCAAGGAACCCAUGUUUUCGUUUUGCACUGGGCCCUGAAUAUUAUGUCGAUGGUCUCAUAUGCCAUCCACACCCCUGCAUAUCCUCUUUGCCAGGCAAAUCCCAUAUCCUUCAAUCUCAGCUUCAGCAUCCCUUCCACAGGAAGCCCCUACCAGCUGCACCAACUAUAACCUUGACAACUAUAAUACAGCCUGGCCAGCAUUAAUUGAAUAUCAUCCACUGUACGUCAUGCGCUGAUCUAGGUGGUUUGUAUGCAUUUCCUCAUUGUCAUCCUCUCAGCAGCCCUUCACCAGCUUUCUUGCUGGAUUUUGGAGAUUUGGGGGCAUGGGGACUUGUCCAUUCAGGAGGACACUUACCUCCCAUGAUUGAUCGAGAUGUGAAAACACAGUCAUUGACGAUUUGAAUAUGAAAUGUCCCAACCCAAAGGAACAGCCCCUGAGACCACUCCAGGCAGGUCAGCAGGGUCCCUCCAGGAGCCUACCAGAGGCAGAGGCCCAGAUUCUUCUCGUCCUGAGGAGAAGAUGCAGUGUCACAGGAGAGAGCCCUUCUGCAGGAGGGAGACUCAGAGGGCUGCACCCUGGUCUCUUCUCUCACACCCACUUGCUUUGUUGUCUUAGGAUGGCCGCACAGCCUCUCAGCCUAAACUCCUUCAAUGAUAAGUGGAAGGGUCUAAACUCAACUUCUUCCAGCCCCAAAGUUCUAGAUUUCUUUGUUCAGAACCUCUGGAUGGGAUGGGAUGGCUUUCAGAUCACCAAGAGAUCUUCUAAUUUUUAUGGAGAUGGUCCAGCACUAGUCACUAUGACUAAAAAAAAAAAAAAAAAAAGCUAUAAAAUGCUGACAUAGCAGAACUGUCAACCCCUAGAACAUUUGUCUGAUCAUAAUCUUUGGUCUUUACUGCAUGCCAGUUGGUCUUUGCCUUUACUUCAUUCCACAAGUUUUGUUUUUUCUACCAAUAGUUACGUCAACCAUUUGGCCAUUCUUGCCUAAAGUAGGAAUAAAUAUAUUUUCACACACCAUUAGUUUCCCCGCUGAAACGUUUCUUUUAAUGUUGGUGAAGGGUCCUGUUUAAAAAAAAAAAAAUUGUUU